AUGAGUUUGCCGCGCACAAUACCGGACGAACACGGGCUAUCCCAAGAGUCAAGUGGGAAGACCAACGGCGGAAGCAGUGAGGUGAUAGAUAGUGCAGCUGACGAUGGAAGCAAUGGGAAUCCAAGUAUCAAGUAUGGGAGUAGAGCCGGAAGCUUCAGUGGAAGUAUAGGUGGGAACACGAAACCAAUCGACGUGGUGGUUGCCAGCUACGACUAUCUGCCCAGCAGAAAAUCGCAGCUACGUUUAAACGCUGGAGACGUUAUCUAUGUAAUGAGCAAACACGAAUCUGGCUGGUGGGAUGGUGUCACCGUCUCCAAUAGACCUACACUACGAUGUUUACGUGGUUGGUUUCCGCACAAUUUUACCAAAUCCUGCCGUGAUCGCAGACUUACGUUAUCUGGCAAAACUGGUGGUCAGCGACAAACGAAUCGGUCUGGUGGGAGUAGCAGGCGUGGCAGCGUUGCCACUUCUGUAAUAGCUUCUCAGCAAAACCGUGGCCAGGCUCAUGAGAAAAACGAAGGUAGGCCUCUAGUUCAGAGUAAAAAUAUCGCUACAGCGGCCAUGAGUGAACCGGCUUUGUCGCAAAUAGUUUCACAUUCGCAUUCGCCGUCCCCACCACCACAUCUAAAGCCCGAUUACAAGCUAGACAUGCGUCCAAAUGAUUCCCAAAAUAGGGCUUCUUCUAGAAGAGAGAGCUUGUCGUCAACAAGUGCAGGAAGUGGACCCACAGCUAGUGAGAUUGCAGGUGCCAGUUCUGCGAAUUCAUUCCCACGGUCCAAAUCGCCUUCACGGACGCAUGUAUCAGUCACACCAUCAGCUGCCACCGCUUCCAGUUCAGAUCAGAACCAAUCGUCGAUUUCUCGACCGCAACCACAGAUAGACCCGCUGCAAAGACUCAACGGUUUCGAAGAUGACCGUAGAAGACAGUCCCAAGUGGGACCGGACAAGAUGACUUUACUAAGCCCUGAAGAGGUUGAGAUGAUUUUUAAUAACGUUGAUGACAACUCACCUCCCUUGUGGACCCCUGUGGCGACAACUGAGGGAAAAGUGGUUUACUACAAUCGCGAUUACGACAUCUAUUGCAGCUCAUUACCAUUUUUGCAGUUUCCGGAGCUAAGCAUAAAAAGCACAUUCUCAGACCAUGACUGGUAUGUGGACUUGAGUGAAAGAUCUAUUGGGCAAGACCGGAAAAUUAUAGGUCAAUCUAGAAGAAGCAGUAUUGAAAAUGGCCAGAAGGUUCAAGUUCAAGGUACAGAACCCAGGCAGUCGGCCAAUCCACGGAGCAUGUCAAAUUAUGUUCGUUCUUCACAAAGUCGCAGGGCAAGCGUGGAAGAAAAGAGUAAAAAUUUCCUAGCUGCAACCUUUUCGCCUGAAAAUAGUGCUGGCACUAACGGCGGGAACAGCGCAUCGAAUGAUAAUUCCAAAAGGAGUGAAGGUUUGUCACCACAAAAUGAAGUUGGCAAUGAACAUGAAGAAGAACAUGAUAGACAAGAUGAGAAUGAAAACAGGACUGACAAAAACAGCAACAAUAACAAUCUCAAUACUGGGAACGACAUCACUACAGACUGGUGGCAAGGGAAUGCUUCUGCUACCCUUUGGUCUAAAGAUGACCUUUUUUUUCAUCAUAGGUCUGAUAUUCGCUCGUGGGCAGAGCUUCGUGAUACGACUUUAUUUUUCGCUCGUAAAGCCUAUGCCUGUUUUCUCAGCAAUGAUUGUAGUGGAUUCAACAGCAGCUUUGAAAUAACUUCAAAGUACAUGAUCUAUCACCACAAUGCAUGUAGGCUCUUAAAAGGUGAGCUAAAAAAGAACAACUCGAAGAAAGAAGUGAAACGCCUUCUGAAGAAAAUGCUUGAAGCAGCGUCUGCAAUCAGUAUUAGCGGCGGUUUGUUUUUCUGCUCUCCUCAGAGGUACGACAUUUCAUUCUCAAGGACCCUGGACGAUUCGCAUAAAUCCAGUGUCGCAAGUGUUGGAACCGCUGUACAAGACCAACUUAGGGUGUCAAUCUCGACUAUCAACCCAUUGAGACAGGGGAGUGAACCAAAUGCGAGGUUCGGAAGUGAAGAUUUUUCUUUCAAUGAUGAGGUGUUAUACCCUGAGAAAAAAAGUGGGGGUGGCAAAAGAUUGGGGUCGAAUGUCAGUGCUUACACUAUUCAAGCACAUAGUUCAGCUAUUGAUGAGAAUUCCAAUAUGUCCAUUCAGGCCAUGUUUAGAUCAAUUGAUGCUGACUUCAGUGAGUUUAUGAAAUGCAUCAAGGAGUUACAUGUCAUCAUGAACUCUUGCUGCCCCGAUGGGUUACUUCCUCAAUUACUCGCAAGGUUUUUCCGCGAGUGUUUCACUGGAGGAGCUUGGACCAGUGCGUUCCAGGAUGAUCCAGCUGAUACGAGCGCAAAAAACUCCUUUGCUGCUUUUGGAUCUAUGCAGGAUCCGUAUACCAAGGCGGGAAAUGUCUUUGGGAGCGUCAGCAGCAAAGCAAACACAAUGGAAAGUUCUUUAAUAUCGAAAGGCUCGAUGGAUGGCGAAAAAGGAAUCUCUCAACGAGAAUUGGCAAAGUUCAAACCAAUGAGGAAAAGUAAGUUUCCUCUUUCAGAGGAAUCUCUUAGUUACAUCAAGAAGAAAAUCGACUAUUUUACAUCGGUAUCGCUUCAAACUUACGAAGUGUUGUUAGAACAAAAGCCCACUAAGAAACGAAAUCUUGAGAUUAGUGCUGCUUGUCAUCGCGAACUAAACCAGUGCGUUGGUGUCAUUGACUUGUUCGAGAAUUUGGAUUUGAGAUUUUUUUUGAAUAUAAAGAACCUAGGCCUCAAGACUGAUUUAAAUGAGGACAGUGAGGAGUUACGACAACACGUAAUGACCGCAUGUGGGUCCAUUCUUAUGGAGUUUUUUAGCGUGAAGCAAGCACUUUACGAUGUCACAGCCAAAAAGCUGAUGGAUAUUCAAGGGUUGACUCUAGAGGAUCCCUUUGUGUUCUGUUCGAUUGCGGGUGAUCAAUUCUUUGCUAGCGGAGAGGCACAAGUGAAGGACGGAGGUAAUGUUUUGAAAACCGAAAAGCUGGCCGAAGCAUACUACACCAAAUUUGUAUCAGAAGAUGUUGAACUGAACAAUCUCAGCUUUUUUGAUGCUGACGCCGAACUCAAGGCAACUCAGACAGCAUUCUUAGGGGUCCUUGAUUCAGCAUAUCAAGUCGUCGAGCAACUCAUGCAGGAGCGCGAAAACGUGUUGAACUACGCCGCCCGUGUGAUGAAAUAUGACUUGAUAGGGGAGUUGAUGAGGGGAGAACAGGAAAACAUCUACACAGAUGCAGAGGGGAAUUUGGCGGACUCGGAAAUCGAACAUGUCGGCCCACGAGAUUUUGUUAAGAGUUUUACAAUGGAUAUUCCGUGGUACUUGGAUUCAGAAUAUGAGUACUCACUAAUUUACGAUAAUCAAGGUGCCAUCAAAGGAGGCAGCAAAGCCGCCUUGUUAGAGCAUCUGACAAGCAACCAAACCAUAGACGCGUCCUUCAACAUAGCCAUGCUUCUCUCUUUUCGGAGUAUAUUCACUACUUCAGAAUUUCUCCAUGCCUUGGUGGAGCGAUAUCAUUUGUACCCACCAGAAGGCUUGAGUUACGAGGAAUACACUACAUGGAUUGACAAGAAAUCAAACCCUGUGAAAACAAGGGUUAUAAACAUCAUGAAGACCUUGUUUUCUCACUACUGGACUCCUGCUUAUUAUGAACCGGGCAUUGACGACCUGGUUAGUUUUGCUCAACUGGCAACUGCGCAAAGCAUUAGUGGAGCACCUGCACUAUUGAUAGAGCUCAAAAAUCGUUUGUCUUUGAAGGGCAAUUUGAAGAAUUUUGUUCCUGAGGUUAUCAAGUUCGAUGAGAGCGGCCACAAUUACGGAGGGAACGCUCUGAACCCGAAGACACCAACCACGGCUUCGGUAGAGCUCGGUGCCGGCUAUGGAUUCAGAAUGAGAAAGCUCAAACUAUUGGAUAUCGAUCCUCAGACGUUUGCGAAACAGUUGACAACCAAAGAACACUACCUUUACUCAAAAAUCACACCCUUCGGAUGCCUUGAUCGAAUUUGGGGUAGGAGGUAUUGUAAGUUUGGUGGCUCGGAUGAUAUUUCCAAUUUUAUUUGCGUUGCAAACACUCUGACAAACUUUGUGUCUUUUUCCAUUGUCAAACAAACCAAUAUCAAGAAGAGAGCCAAAAUAAUUCAGCACUUUAUUUACAUUGCUGAACAGUCAUAUGAGUUGAACAAUUUUUCAUCCAUGACGGCAAUUAUCUCGGCUUUGUAUUCAUCGCCCAUCUUUCGAUUGAAGAAAUCUUGGGACCUCGUGCCGCACACCACGAAAAAGGCGCUAGAAAACCUAAACACACUAAUGGAUCCCGCAAAGAACUUUUUCACUUACAGAAACUGGCUGAAAAAUAUCAAAGACGUUCCAUGCGUUCCAUUUUUCGGCGUAUAUUUAUCUGACCUAACGUUCGUUGCAGAGGGAAACCCAGACUAUCUGCACCGAUCCAUGGAAACCAUUAACUUUAGUAAGCGAACACGCAUAGUUGGUAUUCUAAAGGAGAUAGCCAGCUAUCAAAACAUCCGUUACAAAUUUAAACGGUACGACGACGUCCAGGCAUUCAUCGAGGAAUCCGUAAAGAACGUUCCUAGCAUCGAGAAGCAAUAUGAGCAGUCAUUGCAAAUUGAGCCUCGUGCUGAAGUCUCAGCUGGUCUGAGCGGUGCGAGUAAUAUCUCCAAGACCAACGUCGGGAGAAAGCUUGAGAAAAGGCCUCGAUUUAUCAAAAAUAGGAAAAGACUCGUCAAAUAA